CAAAAAUGCCUCAGACUAUCGUGACACAUCGGAAAACAAGUCUCCAAUGUCCCCUCAUAUUUUCAGCUCGCAAAUAAUGCAUAUUACCACAUGAAACGAACUACCCAGGACCAGUCUAUUCUCAUCAGUGGUGAGACCGGCAGCGGAAAAUCAGAGAACCGCAGACUCGCCAUAAAGACCAUUCUUGAACUUUCCGUCUCCAAUCCAGGAAAGAAGGGCUCCAAACUCGCUACCCAAUUACCCGCCGCAGAGUUUGUCAUCGAGUCCUUUGGUAACGCCCGCACUUUGUUCAACCCGAAUGCUUCUCGCUUCGGUAAAUACACAGAGUUGCAGUUCACUGACCGUGGCCGCCUCUCCGGUGUCAAGACCCUCGACUAUUACCUCGAGCGCAACCGCGUAUCUUCCGUGCCAUCCGGAGAGCGUAACUUCCACAUCUUCUACUACCUCGUGGCAGGUGCAACUCAGGAAGAGCGCCAGCACCUCCACCUCCUGGAUAAAACUCAGUACCGUUAUCUCGGUCAGCGUAGUGCUGUCCCAGCACGCCAAAACGGCGUUCGGGAUGAUGACGCCAACCGCUUUGAGCAGCUCAAAGUCGCUCUCAAGACAAUCGGCUUGUCCAAGCGACACGUUGCUCAGACUUGCCAGCUUCUCGCUGCCAUUCUCCACCUUGGCAACCUCGAGUUCACCGUUGACCGUGGUCGUGAUGUUGAUGCUGCUGUCGUGCGCAACACAGAUGUUCUUGGCAUUGUUGCCGAAUUCUUGGGUGUCCAAGCGGGUGCUUUGGAGGGCGCAAUGUCCUACAAAACUAAGCUUGUGAAGAAGGAGCUCUGCACUGUUUUCCUCGACCCCGAUGGUGCAUCUGAUAACCGUGAUGACCUCGCAAAAACGCUAUAUUCCCUUCUCUUCGCAUGGUUGAACGAGCAUAUCAACCAGCGGCUGUGCCGCGAAGACUUUGACACAUUCAUCGGCCUUUUUGAUCUCCCCGGACCACAGAACAUGACCAGUCGCCCCAACUCUCUUGAUCAGUUCUGUGUCAACUUUGCCAAUGAGCGCCUGCAAAACUUCGUCCAGAGACGUAUCUUCGAGGCCCACGUGGAUGAAUACCAGAACGAGGGUAUCUCACGUUUCAUCCCCACUGUCGCCUACUUCGACAAUGCUGAAUGCGUGCGGCUGCUUCAAAACAAGCCGGGUGGUCUUAUCCACAUCAUGGAUGACCAGGCUCGUCGCUCGCAUAAGAAGACUGAUCAUUCGAUGGUGGAAGCCUUUGGCAAGCGUUGGGGCAACCACUCAUCGUUCAAAGUCGGUGCCAUAGAUCGUUCAGGUUUCCCCACGUUCACCGUCAAUCACUUCAAUGGCCCUGUCACCUACUCCGCUGAGGGCUUCUUGGACCGUAACCUCGAUGCUCUUAACCCCGAUUUCGUCUCUCUUCUGCGUGGCUCAGCUUCGGGCAUAUCUGAUGGCGCAGAGGGUGCUGGGUCAAUGAACCCCUUCGUCAAAGGUCUCUUCUCGGGCAAGGCUAUUGCAACACAAGCCCACCCCAAAAAUGAAGACACCAUUGUUGCCGCUCAACAGCCCGUCAAACCCAUGCGUGCCCCCUCUACCCGCCGUAAGGGUACAAUCAAACGCAUGCCCACGCUGCGGGAAAGCGGUAUCGAAGAACAGGAUCGGGACGACGACGAUAUCACCGCAUCUGCCGGAAGCGGCACACCCUGCGUCGCAGGCGAGUUCCGUUCUGCACUUGAUACGCUCUUCGAGACUCUAGGAGACACGCAGAACUGGUACGUGUUCUGCAUCAACCCGAAUGACUCGCAGCUGCCCAACCAGCUCGAGGGUCGUUCUGUCAAGGGCCAGGUGCGAAGUCUGGGCAUGACGGAGGUUGCGAAGCGCAAUGUGAAUGUGUUUGAGGUGGGGAUGACACCAGAAGAGUUUUGUCAGCGAUAUAGGGAUCCGAUUUCAGCUUUGGGCAUUUCGGAGGGAACUCCGAGGGAGCGUGUUGAGCAGACGCGGACUGCGCUGUCGUUGAAGGAGCGGGACGUUGUCCUUGGGCAAUACAAGGUCUUCCUAUCACAAAUGGCAUUCCACGCGCUCGAGGACCGUAUUCGUGCAUCGGAUGUUGAGGAACAGAAGCGCAACCGUGUUCGUGAUGCUGAGGCUGAGGCUGGACUUGAUGUCCGUGGCUUCGGCGACCCCUAUGCUCCCUACUCUUCGCCUGGUGCUAAUAAUGGCGAGGAGUCGCCGUUCGUCAAUGCCUUCUCGGACCCUGCUCUUCCUCUUGUCUCUAACGCGUCCCCCUUCCAGCGCGCUGAUCUGUACGAUGACGAGUACGAAGAGCGCAAGUCUUUCCGCAGCGAUGACUUUGACAAUCGCAGCCGCCUCACGAGUAACCGAGACGACUCAAACUCCAACUACGGUACUGAAUCCUAUGCACCUUCCCGCAACAUGUUCCAGAACGCAGACAAGGAGGGUCUCAUGGUGAAAGAAGCACUGCCUGGUGAGAUCGGAGACAGUGAGACGACUGAAGUGCUUAAGGAAUCUUCUGCGCGUCGUCGCUGGGUCGGGAUGUGCUGGGCUCUGACAUGGUGGAUGCCCUCUCUCCUUCUUAAAUGGAUCGGCCGAAUGAAGCGUGAAGAUAUCCGACAAGCAUGGAGAGAAAAGCUCGCGAUCAAUUUCAUCAUCUGGUUCAUUUGCGCGUGCGCUGUUUUCGUCAUCGUCUUCCUGGGCAAGAUCAUUUGCCCCACGGAGCAUGUUUUCAGCACUUCGGAACUGGCGUCGCAUUCGUAUACGUCUUCACCAAAUAAUGUGUAUACGUCGGUUCGGGGGGAGGUGUUUGAUCUUACGACUGUUGCGUCCACGCAUCAGCGCGUUGUUAGUAUUGUGCCUGUCAAGACGAUCCUUCAGACGUAUGGCGGUACUGCAUCAGACGCGAUUUUCCCCGUUCAGGUCUCCGCAUUAUGUAACGGCGUGAGUGGCUCCGUCAGUCCCUAUGUGACUCUCAGCUCUGCCAACGACACCGAUCCGAAUGCUUCUUACCACGACUUCCGCGCUUUCACCAAUGAUUCCCGUCCAGAUUGGUACUUUGAGAGUAUGACCAUCAUGCGGUGGAACAAUCGCGUCGGAUACAUGGGUUACACGCCACAGGAGAUCAGCACCAUGGCCAGCUCCGGCUAUUCGCUCGGUAUUUACAACGGUAUGAUCUACGAUCUCACGUCCUACGUCAACUACGGACCUGCCGUCCAAGCUCCAUAUGGCGAGCAGCUUCCUGGGACCAUUGACGAUCAAUUCAUGGACGUAUCCGUCGUCGACCUUUUCAAGUACAACUCAGGGCAGGAUCUGACGAAGCAAUUCGACUCUCUCAAUCUUGAUAGUGCUACGCUGGAUAGUCAACGUACCUGUCUCCGCAACUUGUUUUUGAUCGGUAUGGUAGACAACCGUAAUUCGCCACAGUGCCAGUUCGCCGAGGGUAUCUUGCUCGCACUGUCGAUCUUGAUGGUCAGCAUCAUUGGAUUCAAGUUCAUCGCUUCCAUCAACUUUGCGUCUCCUCGUGCGCCUGAAGACCAUGACAAGUUCGUUAUUUGCCAGGUUCCUUGUUAUACAGAAGGCGAGAGUUCAUUGCGGAAGACCAUCGACUCGCUGGCGCAGCUUAAAUAUGACGACAAGCGGAAACUUAUUCUUGUUAUCUGUGAUGGGAAUAUCGUUGGUUCUGGGAAUGACCGUCCCACGCCGCGCAUUGUGCUUGACAUCCUUGGAGCUGAUCCUAAUCUCGACCCUGAGCCGCUCAGUUUCGUCUCGUUGGGCGAGGGUGCGAGGCAGCAUAACAUGGGCAAGGUCUACUCUGGUCUGUAUGAGUGCGCUGGACACGUCGUUCCUUACUUGGUCGUGGUGAAGAUAGGCAAGCCGUCUGAGCGGUCGCGGCCUGGUAACCGUGGCAAGCGUGAUUCUCAAAUGGUGAUCAUGCAUUUCUUGAACAAGGUUCACUUCAGUACGCCUAUGAACCCACUCGAACUAGAAAUGUACCACCAGAUCAAGAAUGUGAUUGGUGUCAACCCGACGUUCUUUGAGUAUCUGUUUACGGUCGAUGCUGAUACGAUGGUGGAGCCUUAUUCUGUCAACCGGUUGAUCUCUGCGUGUAUUCAUGACAAGAAGGUGCUUGGUGUUUGUGGUGAGACCGAGCUGGCAAACUCGAAGCAGUCGAUUAUCACCAUGAUGCAGGUUUACGAGUACUUCAUCUCGCAUCACAUGGCCAAGGCUUUCGAGAGUUUGUUCGGAUCUGUUACCUGUUUGCCUGGUUGUUUCACCCUAUAUCGUUUGCGGACUCCCGAUACCCACAAGCCGCUUUUGAUAUCCAACCAAAUGGUCCAGGACUACUCGCAGAAUCGCGUCGAUACCCUGCACAUGAAGAACUUGUUGCACCUCGGAGAAGACCGAUACCUGACUACCCUCCUCCUGAAGCACUUCCCGAUGUACAAGACACAAUUCGUUCGCGACGCCCAUGCAUACACCGUAGCGCCUGAUGACUGGAAAAUUCUGCUCUCUCAACGCCGUCGCUGGAUUAACUCGACGGUUCACAACCUUGGAGAGCUGAUGUUCUUGGAGCAGCUUUGUGGUUUCUGUUGUUUCUCCAUGCGGUUUGUCGUCAUGAUCGAUUUGGUUUCGACUAUCGUCCAGCCUAUCAGUGUCGGCUACAUUGUGUAUCUCAUCGUGGAGGUCGCCACCAAUCAGGAGACUCUCCCUGUCAUCUCACUCGUCAUGAUCGGCGCCGUGUAUGGUUUACAAGCCCUCGUGUUUAUCCUCCGGCGCAAGUGGGACAUGGUUGGAUGGAUGGUCUUCUACAUUUUGGCUGUCCCGAUCUUCUCUCUCAUGCUCCCGCUCUAUUCGUUCUGGCGUAUGGAUGACUUCUCUUGGGGUGCUACCCGUGUCGUGUUGGGUGAAUCUGGCAAGAAGAUGAUUGUUCAUGACGAAGGCAAGUUCGACCCGCGUGCGAUUCCUCUCAAGUCUUGGAAUGAUUACGAAAAUGAGCUUUGGGACAAGGAGUCGAACCACAGUAUGGGCUCGUGGGUACCUCCCAAUCAGUUCCACAAGGAAGCAUAUGCAGCAUCAGCUACUGCGUCGUUAUAUGGCCGCGAGACCUACUACGAGCCACGCGGCCAUUCACCUGCGCCAUCACAAUUUGGCAUGAUCCCACCCCCUGGAUACCAAUCAGGUCGCAACACGCCGAUGUCACAGUUGCGGCCCAUGGGCGACACUGGCAUGUUGUACCAACCCAUGCCGUCGCAGCCACCAACGAACUAUCUUGAAAUGCCUCUACCAACCACGCGCAGUCAUGAGGAUAUGGACUUGGCACCAGGUGUUCCUAGUGAUAUUGAGCUUGAUCAUGCCGUCCAUGAGAUCCUCCGCACUGCCGACCUCAAUUCUGUGACGAAGCGCGAGAUACGGCGUCAGCUCGAAGAACAAUUUGGGAUGGACUUGACGUCACGGAAGGGGACGAUCAAUGCUGCAAUUGACCGGGUAUUAUUAAGGCAAGCAUGAAAUGGGACGGUGGUAUUUAGACACGAGACGGACGGACGGACUCCUACAUAGUACCAGAACGCGAUCAGAACGCUAUGUUUCGAUGGUGGAUCUAAUCACGAACCUAAACUUAUGUGACAGGGAAUGCCUUUGGUAGACUCCUCUUUCUUUUGACUUUCUUUUCAAUACCAUAGGACG